AUGCAUGGCAUUUGCGCAGACCACAGGUCGAUGCAACUGCGCGACGGAAUGGCUUGGAGCGGAAGUGACGGCCUCUCAGAUGCCCCUGAGGGCUCCACCUGCAGCUUCGAGCGGUUGGAAAUUCACAGCAGCUUUUCAGGAUCCGGACGGCCAAUUCGGCGAGAGUUUUUCGAAGUCCACCACAAGACUCGGGGCUCUCGUGCGACAGGAUGCUACCCAGAAAGUCUCGAGAGCGCCUCUGCUUCGGCUAAUUCCAUAACCUCAGGUAGCGGCCUCGACAUGUCGAUCCCUCCAUUGCGGGACAUCCCUUGGCUGGAUCGUGACGGUGAUGACACGCAGGGCGAGAUGCAGGAUUCCCCCUCCAGCAUGAGCCACUCCAGCCCGUCGACAAGCCCGCUUGCAAGAGCUCAACUAUUGCCGAAAGGACUCACAAAUCUUUCCGAUGUGUCUUGCGAUGCUGUCACGCAGCCAGCUAUUCACAAGGCAGCCGAGGCACCAGGCCAUGGAGUUUCCCAAAAAUCGCGCGAGCGUUUACAUCACGUUGGCUGGGCGAUCGUGGACCUGAACGGAGGAACUCGGAGCGGCAUCGACCAGGAUCUCUUCUUCAAAGUGCACCGCAGGAUCUGGCCCGCGCAUCAGGUGCAAGGAAGCCAGUCUCCGGCAUCACGUCAGAAUUCGAUGACAACCACAGGCAGCUCAACGGGUGUGGCGGCGGCCCUGGUGCGUGACAUCCCGUGGCUGGAUCAAGAUUCCGAGACGUCGGAUGCGAUGCAGGAUACCUCUUCCAGCAUGAGCGACACAAGCCCUUCCACAAGCCCACUUGCAAGGGUUCAACUCUUGCCCAAGCGAUUUGCAAAUCUAUCUGAAGACGUUGUUCUACCAUUAGAUCACCAGCGCCUGGUGCGCAAGUGCGGCGGUGUCCGGGCUUUGCGCCUUCCAGUUCAACAACAGACCUCCGAAUCCCAGGAAUCAGCGCUGAGCGAGCGUGGGCCACACCGAAAGAGUUGCGUUCAGCAGGCCGCCACAUGUGUCCAACCGGAGUUGCAGACAGCCAGAAACGCCCGUGGCGGAGCCAGGGGCCCCCAUGUGCGGUUUCUACUCGAUGCGAGGCAUAAUGGGAUUCACUGCGCAAAGAAGGAGGCAGCUCUCAGCGAAGCAGAGCUCCCGUGCAAGUCGGGAAAUGACGAGCGCAGACCAAAGUGCCAGGUGUCAGAUGGCAGAGAAGGGCCAGCCUCAGCCGCUGCGGCAUGA